UAUAGAUAGUAGUAACGAGGGCGCGACUACUUUAUACCUGGAAAAGCAAUAUCAGUGCAUCAGAGAAGACAAAGGCAGUUGCAACAAGUUAAAAAACUCUUGAGAGAUGAAAUUCGACUUGGAAACUAUUCUUAGUACCCUGCUUAAAAUGGUGCGAAGAAAGAAGAAAAAACUUGCAGCCAUUAGGGAUUGCGAUCCAGAAGAUAGGGAGGAGGUUAUGGAAGACAAUGACGAUAUUGAAGAUCCCUACGAAAACGAUACAGAAGGAAUUUUCAACUGGGUGUGUGAAACGAUUCUAAACUUGUCUAUGAUAAUAUUGGAACAACUGUUUGACUUUGUGAAGAGAGCUAUAUUAGACGCAGUUGAUGUCGCUAAAGAUGCCGUGGAGUGUUUCACAAAAGAUUAUAAGGUGCAAAUUGUCGCACUAAAGGCGCUGGUAGAAUUUUUAACGAAGAAUUUGGGUUUAAACAUUGCUUAUUAAUUAAAACAAUCAAUUUGGUUUCAAUAAAUUACAAUCCAUAUCACUAA